UGAAUACUGAUGGGCUAAAGGAGCAGGGACAGGAGCAGGAGUCCUGGUCUCAAUCACUUUCCAAGGUAAAGUGACACCGAGGAAGUCCGAGCAGGGCUGGGAGCUGAGCUGACCGGAAGAAGAGAAGCGUCUGGGCUUAUGGAGGAGGGGACGGGGUGGUGCUGAUGAUUGGCCACAUGAGUGCAGAAAGAACAAUGCAUUAGAAGUCCGUUGUGACCCUGGGCAAAUGACGUCACCAUCUGUCCUUACUGUAAAAUGAAGGCCUUCCAGCUCUACAGUAAAUCAGCUCUCCUUUCCCAGCCUCACUGUCCCCUUUUAUACAGCUGGAAUUUGAGGCUUGAACUGGAAUGAUUGUCUCUGAGUUUUCUAGGCGCUGUAGCUUCUUCCCACUCUCCCUUUUUGAUUAUUGGUUUUAAAUUGUUGAGGGGAUGAGUUGGACGGGGGAGGAGCAUAAAGAUUGGCUGAAGAGAUGGGGGAGGGAGAGGGACCCAGGAGUACCCGCCUUUGGUUGCCCGUAAGGGGCGGAGGGGGGAGGAAGACAGUCUUUGGCUCAGGAAUGGGACACUCUAGGAAGGAGGGAAACUGAGCAUGAUGACUUUUGGUUCAAAAACUUAGGGAAGGUAGGGGGAGGAGGCAAGUGUGAUUGGCUGAGGAAGUGCCAGUCAAGGCUUUGCCGCAGAGAGGGAGAAGACUGAUUGGGGGAGGGAGUGUUGGGGGUAGGUAGGUUACAAGGUAAAGGAUGUUGAUUGGCUAAUGGUGUGUAGAUGAAGAUUGGCUUAGGAAGGGGAACGGUGUCCAGAUGGCGAUUGGUUAAGGAAGAGAAAGACCAGUGUCCGGGAUGAUGAUUGGCCACUGGGAAGCCCUGCGUGAAGAUGACUGGCUAAGAUAGGGUGGUCUCUGAGAGUGGGAAACUGAGCACGACGACCAUUGGAUUUAGGGGAAGCAGGUGGCCACGAUUGGCUGAGGGGAGGGGAGGCACCACGGUACCUUGGGAACUCUGUUGCCCCGGGCUCAUUUCGCAUCUAUCUGAGGGCGAAAGGGGCCCCUCCGGCAGCCCCCAGUAUCGAGCGGCGGCCCAACGGUCUUUGCCAGCCUCUGAGUCCGUGGCCAUGGCCUCGGCAACCAGCAGCACAUGGGCCGCGGCGUCGCUCAAGGACCGCUCGUUCAUCUCGUGGGCCAGGGACCGGGGGCAGUCGGAGUACAGCUGCGAGUUCGGUUCCUUCAAGUACCUGGCGCUCUGCAGCCUGGGCGGCGUGCUGAGCUGUGGCACCACACACACGGCCAUCGUGCCCCUGGACCUGGUCAAGUGUCGCAUGCAAGUGGACCCGAAUAAGUACCACAGCCUGCUCAGCGGCUUCGCCGUGACGCUGCGCGAGGAGGGCCCGGCCGGCCUGGCACGCGGCUGGGCGCCCACGCUGCUGGGCUACUCGAUGCAGGGCUUCUUCAAGUUCGGCCUGUACGAGGUGUUCAAGCUGCGCUACUCCGAGCUGCUGGGUGAAGAGGCGGCCUACCAGUGGCGCACCAGCCUCUACCUGGCGGCCUCGGCCAGCGCCGAGCUGUUCGCCGACGUGGCGCUCGCGCCCAUGGAAGCGGUGAAGGUGCGCGUGCAGACGCAACCGGGUUUCGCCACCACGCUGCGCCAGGCGGUGCCGCUGAUGCUGGCCGAGGAGGGCGUGUGGGCCUUCUACAAGGGCCUGGGCCCGCUCUGGAUGCGCCAGAUCCCCUACACCAUGAUGAAGUUCGCGUGCUUUGAGCGCACGGUGGAGGCGCUCUACAAGUACGUGGUGCCCAAGCCGCGCAGCCAGUGCACCAAGGCCGAGCAGCUGGCCGUGACCUUCGCCGCCGGCUACCUGGCCGGCAUCUUCUGCGCCGUGGUCUCGCACCCGGCCGACUCGGUGGUGUCGGUGCUCAACAAGGAGAAGGGCAGCUCGGCCCUGACCGUGCUGCAGCAGCUGGGGCCCGUGGGUGUGUGGCAGGGCCUGGGCCCGCGCAUCCUCAUGAUCGGCACGCUCACGGCGAUGCAGUGGUUCAUCUACGAUGGGGUCAAGGUGUACUUCCGCCUGCCGCGGCCGCCGCCCCCGCAGAUGCCCGAGUCCCUGCGCAUUAGGCUGGGGCUGCCACGGGAGGGCUGA